AUGACUCCCAGUGUCAGCCUGCUGCUGCUGCUCCUGCUCGGCCUCUCUCAGGCUCAUCCUGUCCAGGAGGAGGGAAUUGAAGAAGAUGUUCCCGAGGACACUAUGGACAUCACCACCGAGAUUCUGACCUCAAACAACGCCAUAGAUGAGACACCAUGGGAGGAAAUUGAAGAAGAAGUUCCUGAGGGCACCAUGGACAUCACCACCAGUAUUCUGACCUCGAACAACGCCACAGAUGAGAUUCUGCUCGAAGGAGACCUGGUUGCUCCAAGAACCAGGAACGCCAUGAAGUGCUGGUCCCAGAGCUGCCUGUGGAAGAAAGCCUCCAACGGUCAGGUGGUGGUCCCCUUCACCCUGAGCAGAGAGUUCAGCAGCAUGGAGAGGCAGAAGAUCGACCGUGCCAUGAAGGCCUUCGCCAGAAAGACCUGCAUCCGCUUCGUCCCCCGUCAGAACCAGUACGACUACAUCAGCAUCGAGAACAGAGGGGGAUGUUUCUCCUCUCUGGGCAGAGUGGGAGGCAGACAGGUGCUCUCUCUCAACAGGGGGGGCUGUAUCCAAAACGGAAUCAUCCAGCACGAGAUCAACCAUGCUCUGGGCUUCAACCACGAGCAGACCAGGAGCGACCGCGACGGAUACGUCAGGAUCAACUGGGAGAACAUCAACCAGGGGAUGGCCUACAACUUCUACAAGAAGGACACCAACAACCUGAACACUCCCUACGACUACUCCUCCAUCAUGCACUACGGAAGAACAGCCUUCUCCAUCCAGCGGGGGAAGGACAGCAUCACCCCCAUCCCCAACUCCAACGUCCGGAUCGGCCAGAGGCAGGGCAUGUCCUACUGGGACAUCAUGAGGAUCAACAGGCUCUAUAGAUGCUAA